AAACAUCAUCUUGUGAUCUUGCUUAUUCCAUUUUGACGCGAUCGAUGAGGAACUGAGGAGGAGGCAGUGGGAAGGGGGGAGAGAAAAAAGCACUCACGUAACACACACAAAAACAAAACUGGUGGUGAUCGCCUUUCUGUGGCGGUGUGUCUGUGCUUUCGUUUUCGUUGCAUUGGCUGGUACGGACGCGUUCGAUUUAUUUAUUUAUAUAUUUAUUUAUUUAUUUAUCUAUCAUCCCUUUUUCCACCCCCUUCCCUCUUUGAUGUGCAUUUUCUAGUUGGGAGACUGGGGCGACUCAGCUGUUAACAACAUCGCUGCGCUGGGCAGGGCAAAGCUGAGAUCGACGUCCCACGCCACGAACUGCACUGACUUUCUGCCAACUGUUAUUUCCUCUGCACCCCCUCCUGAAGCAAGAGAGAGACAGAGAGGGGGGGGGUUGAGAGAAAGGCAAAAAAAAAACCUCCCCCUCCCAUCCCCUUCCUCCUCCCCCCCACCACCCUUCCUUUGCCAAUCCAGACAUGCUCCAGAAUGACACUAAAAGGCAACCAGUUUGCUGCCCCUAUCUGGAGCAAAACCUGGAGUCCUUGAAAAGUUCUGAGGUCAAUUGCGGCGAUGGGUCCACCUCCUCCUCCUCCCAGCUCGACUGCCCGCCUGCCCCGGCCGGCUUGGUUCUGCAAGAGCAAGGAGGCAGCACUUCGACACUCAACGCUCUGGGAUGGUCCACGAGCCAGGCCGGUGAGGAAAGCCUACUCCAGCAAGGAGUCCUGCCAACUGCCAUGUUGCUACCCAAGAUGGUGCACCUGGGGCCCCUCUUUGGAGGGACUUUCCCCUCGGUGCAGCAGAUGGGGCUGGCGCAGCAGCACAGGAGAUCGCCUCUAGGACACCACCCUCACCAAGGCACCAACACCACCUCUUCCGCCUCCCAAAGGAACAGCUACAGCCUGCAGCAGCAGCAGCAGACCUUCAGGGCUCUGAACUGGGGCAGCCACCAACAGCCGACCGGAGGAGGGAGUGGCGGCUGGGGCAGUGUCAGCAAUAACUGCGGGAGGGGACUGAGAAGGUCAACUGGAGUAAUGGGCAUCUCAAACUCCAUUCCUUCCUGCUCCUCCAAGAGGUCCUAUUCCAGUCACAUGAUGGUGCCUCCAAAACUGAACAGGGGCCGCCCGGCAUUCGCUUCGAAACCGUGGAUGGAAGAGAACCCGUUGAGGACAGAUGGCAACAGCAACUGGCUGCCCCACCAUCAGGAAUGGACGCACCCAUACGAUACGUUCAACAUGCACUCACUGGAGAACUCCCUGAUUGACAUCUUACAGAACGAGCAGGAACCUCUCAAGGGUCGAUCGGCUUUGUUCCCUGUUGAAGAUGGCUUCCUUGACAACAGCCAGGGUGAUCAGUCUUUAUCUUCAGGCUUGAACUCCCCGGCUCUCAGCCAGAAUGGGAAAUCAGGAGAGCGAUAUUCCCGAAAGGUUUUUGUUGGCGGUUUGCCACCUGAUAUUGAUGAAGAUGAGAUAAUUGCUACUUUCUGCUGUUUUGGACAGCUCAUGGUAGACUGGCCUCACAAGUCUGGAAGUAAAUCCUAUUUUCCACCCAAAGGUUACGCCUUCCUGUUGUUUCAGGAGGAGUGUUCGGUUCAGGUUCUGAUUGAUGCCUGCUUUCAGGAUGAUGGUAAACUCUAUUUGUGCGUCUCUAGCCGCACAGUCAAGGACAAGCCGGUACAGAUCAGACCCUGGAGUCUGAGUGAUAGUGACUUUGUGCUGGAUGGCUCGCAGCCUCUAGAUCCCAGGAAAACUGUCUUUGUGGGAGGUGUACCAAGACCCCUAAAGGCUGUGGAGCUGGCCAUGAUAAUGGACCAACUGUAUGGAGGAGUUUGCUAUGCUGGCAUCGACACCGACCCUGAGCUGAAAUACCCAAAAGGAGCAGGCAGGGUGGCAUUUGCCAAUCAACAGAGCUACAUUGCGGCGAUCAGUGCUCGCUUCAUCCAGCUACAGCAUCGGGACAUCGACAAACGGGUGGAGGUGAAGCCCUACGUCUUGGUGGACCAGCUGUGCGAUGAAUGCCAGGGCGCCCACUGCAACGGCAAGUUUGCCCCUUUCUUCUGCGCCAACAUCACAUGCCUGCAGUACUACUGUGACUACUGCUGGACGAGCAUCCAUUCCCAGGCUGGUCGUGAAUACCACAAGCCACUGGUGAAGGAGGGCGGGGAGAGGCUGCGACAGCUCCCGUUCCACUGGAGCUGAGCGUGGCCCUGUCUCCUGUCUCCCACUCCCCCACAACCUCCUCACCCACACCCCACCCACCCCUUUUUGGGAAAGGAGGGCACCAAUUUGUGGGACCCGCCAAUCAAUAUUUAGUGGCUACUUGUUAACCUGCCGUUCCUUUAUCUAGAAGUGUUUGAGCACAGAAUUUCCAACCCAGUAUAUAUUUGUUUUUUUUUUAAAAACAAGAAACAAAUCUGGCUUUGCCUGUUCACUCAUUUUGUUAGUGCAGAUGUAUAAAAAUGAAGGUGUAAUAGUGUUUUUUUUUUGCAGUCCUCCACCUAUCAAAUUGUUUUCAUCUUUUUAUUUUGGGGCGAGUAGGGGUGGGGAGGGGGCUUUAAUUGAAUGCACCAAGCAGUGUGAUUCUGGGUACAGGGAUUGAUGGUGUGGGCAACAGUGUGAGGUAUUGAGUGUGCUGGGGUAGUGGGCUGGGGGAGAAUGUGGUGGGAAUGAAUUGUGCUGUUGAGUGAGGGGGCAGCAAUGGCAGAGUGCAUGCAUUGAUCAAAGUGGUGUGGAAAUACAUCAGUGGAGUGUGCCGGGAUGCUGCAGUGCUUGGGUAAUUGUUGACAGCCAGGAUGGCUGAGCUGGGCAAAGAUGGAGACCCCUUUCCUCCUGUGUGACGGAUCUGACAGCCCAUGGCUGUACAAGCACAACCUGUGUGUCACUGAUCCUCUCUCACACACUUAGCCUUCCGCUGGUUUCUGCUGAGUGAGCGACUCUCAUUUUGAUGGCUCUGUCGCAGGAAUUCGGAAGCAGUGUCACGAGUUGAGGUUUCUGGUAGUUGCUGGAGACAACUGCCGUAUAGGGUCUGGGAAUAGGAUUGCGAGCGACAUCGUUUCCAGAUGCAGGCAUGACAAAUGUCUGCUUUGGUGGGGUUGUCAAAACAUGUUCAAGACUCAGGAUAUGUAGCGUGAUGGGGAGUCUCUGCAUCUUGUGUUUGCAACUUCUGGUUUAAUGAUUGAAACUUAUGUACCUCUGGUUGUCUUACGAGGGCCACUUGCCUGAUUUUUAAAAAAAUCCAGAAUUUUGAAUGUAUUCAGCAUUGAUGGGAGAUAUUGACGUUACUUGAGCAGUUUGUCCCGUGAGCUAGUGUUGUCUGUUGACCAUCUCGAAUCCUCUUCUCAAAGGCACUGGUGUCCAGGAUAGGAAGUAGCACUUGUAAGAAAAGUAAAUCAAAUCUUAAUUUGAAGGGAACUGGAUGUCCGAUUGUAUUAUGUUCGUAUGUGCAAUGUAUCUUGACAGUUUUAUUUGGUAAUGAGGCUCCUGCACAGACUGAGUUGGAGGACGAUCUCAGUUCAAAUCCAAGUAGACUUGAGCACAGACCACAUCUCUGCAAUUGUGGCACUCAGUUGAAAUGGGUUUGGAGCCUGAAACACACUACUGGGGCAUAAGAGGGGGCAUUUCAUUCCAGGGAUUUGCCACCAGACUAUGGUUGCUGCUGAUGCUCAGCAUCUGAAAUGGGCAUUGUUUGUUCCUCAUCAGUUAGCAUCUUUCCCUUUGCUGAGGUAUUCUUGGAUGGUCAGUGUGAAUAAAGCUCCUCUGGGAACACACACAAACGCAAGACUCUGUGACAAUCACAGAUUAGUUCUUUGGGGAGUGCACAGCUUUGUGCUCCCUUGUUCUGGGAGAUUUGGCGCCUUCAUGCAAUCACUCAGCUGGUCUUUGCCUGUAAUGUCAUCUUGGGACAAGCGUUGACCUCUUGACCUCAGCUUGGGCUGGCAAUUGGAGCAAUAUCUAUCUACAUUUAAAAACUGUGCAACAGAAGUUUUACCAGAAUAGUCUCCACUUACUUGGUGAGUGCUUAGUACCUGUGCACUCUGUCACAACUCCUAUUCCAACCAAGUCAUUGUCAUAGCAUGAUUGUCCCAUAGGAUAGGGAAACUGUACCAAAAGACAUACAAGAUCUGGGUCACAUGUGGAAGUGUGAAGCUAGGACACUGGUGCAGGAUGGGAGAAGGAGAUUGCCAUGGAAGCUGGUGCAUGACAUCCAGGUGAAACAUUUUUGUGCAAUUGCCCAUUUUUAGUCCUAUUGGGGCAAUUUUGUUUUCUUAGCUUACUCUCAAUUUCGCAGUGAGAAACGGAUGUCUGCUACCCAGUCCAUCACCUCUUCAUUGUGCACAGUUUGAGUUUCCCGGCUGGAUUUUUGAUGCUUUCUCCAAGUCUUGGGGACAAGAGUUCUCAGCCUUCAGGCACAAUUCCUGCGACAGUAUUGAAUGUUACUUGAAGAAUUCCUUACAAAUCCCUGGGCUGGUCUUUAGCAGCACAGACAAACCUUUCUCCCAUCUCUCCCGUUCACCAGAUGGUACUACUUCUUGUGCCUUUCACUGGGUUAUUGGUCAAUCCCAUCUCGGACACUGCACUUUGCUGCCUCAACAUGGGAUGAGCCGUAGCCUGUCCUUGUACUGAAACUUCACUUUGUACUUCAUGUGGAGUGUGGAUAUAGAUGGGUAUUCCCUGAACCACAUCCUCUGGUUGGUGGUGUGUCCAAUGCAUUGUGUCCAUGGGGAGAUAGUGCAGCACAUGUUAGCACCUGCUGAAUCACACCUCCCAGCCCAAGCUAUCUGUAAGAAUUGUGCUAUUCCUUAUUUUGGUUUUGACCCAAAUGAGUGCACCCUGUCUCUCUCUCUCUCAGUCCCGCAUGCAUUGCUCAUUCUCAAUGCCCGGUGUGCAUCCUGCAGCCAGGAGAACUGAACCUUCCUGGGCUUGGAUUUAUUUGAGCAGUGCUCGUCAUGUUUCCCAGUGCAUAACCAUUGAUGAGUCGAUCAUCGAAAGCCUGGCUUAAGUCUGUCGAUCUGAGAUUGUAUUCAGAGUGCACCCUGCAUAUCGGAAGGUGAGAGACAAGUCAAGGGUAUUCCUUCUGUCCACGGGCCCUUUGUGUCUGGAUUGAAGGAAGGGUGGCCACAGUACAGCUGUGUGGUUGAAUAGCAUGUUGUAGAUUGUUUAUUCAUUGGAUCAUUAGAAGAUCACCCUCAUGGACACGUUGUUGGAAGCAGAAGGAGCAUCAGUCCAGAAGUUGGCUGCAGCUGUUAGGAACCAAAUGUCACAUUGAUUUCACUUUGCACAGACAACCUUUUACCACCACCUCCCAUCACCACACCACACCUCAACACUAAAUAGUAACACAAUGAAAGCCACCUUACUCUUUGUCUGAGUGCAAAGACAUGCAUGCUGUUUGUUAACUUAUUCCUUGGUUCAUUUGUUUUUUGUUCUUCACUAAUCCAUGUUAUGUCCCUUAGGCUAUCUGAUCACUGCCAAUAUAGAGAGAGUGAUGGGAGCAGUUACUUGAUUAUGUCUCCAUUCUAUUGUUUAGCUUUCCCUGUUGCACAAGCCCUUGACAAGCCACUACCAAUGCCUCUAUUCAACAGUCAGCCUCUGCUCAAUGCAGCACACUAACCUCUGCACUGUGGCAACUGUGAGUGCAUUUUCUUUGUCUCUCCCCUUCCCUCUCUCAGACACGCGCGCACACACACACACACUCUCUCUCUCUCUCUCUGCUCCUCUCUUUUCCCCCCCCACCCCAAAAAAAACAGACCAUGGUAACUGUACAGUUUUGUCCCUUGGACAUUCACAGACACCAAAGUUUCUUGUUGGAAGUUUCUGAUCGAACUCCUGACAGAGAGAGAGAGAAACAGGGAUGCCAGGCAGUGGCCACUGAGGCCGAGAGUUCAUUUGUUUAUUGAUUUUCCUUUUUAGUUUCAUCUGAUUAGAAAAGGUGUUUUCUUAUUUAGAAAAGAGAUUUGAGAGACACCUUCAGAUAAGGUGGUUCCAAGCGCUCUGCAGUAUGUAUCCAUCUGAGAUAAAUGAUAGCCCCAAAUGAGAUUUAGUUUGAGAGAUUUUUCGAGGUGGGCAGUGAGAGUUUCCUCACCUCUGACUUUCUUUUCCCCUUCCCCCCCCCCCCCCCCCCUCCCCCCCCACCUUGGUCUGUUGAGAUGGAAGAACUUCAGGAAGCAACAGAUUAGACUAAGCAGUGGAAACACUGAGACUUGGUACAUUUGUUGAGCAUUUCUAGUCUCAGAUGAGGCAGCUGCAGAUCACGGAGGAGGUGAUGAGUCAGCCAGCCAGGGCUUCCCUCCUGAGUGCCGGUGUGGCUGAACAUGUGGCAGAGGGGAUGAGCAGAAAAUGAGGCUGAACGAGAUGCAGUCUCACCCAACGUAUUGAAGGGAUGUGAAAAAUUGUCACAGAAGACAGUUGCCAAGAGUGGGUCGUCAUGUUGAGUCUGCAGAGGGCUGGUGGACACAUUUGUGGCAAUGUGUUGACUGGCUUCUGUGAGGCAUGUUCUGUGAUCUCGCGGUUGUGGGGAAUCUGGUUGAAGGAGCAGGUAAGUGAUGGUGGUUCUGAGGUGAUGAGGCAGAAGUAUCAUAAAUUGUGGUGUGGUCUGGAGGAGAAGGAUUGAAAAGCCAUUGGGAAAUUUCGGGGAGGACGCUUAGAAGGGAACAGGGAAAGUGUAAUUUUCUUUUUGUACAACAACUGGUGUAUCUGCUCUUGCAUUAAUGUAAUAAUUCAAACCCUCCUCCCCCCACCCCGCCCCUUAACUGAACUACCAGUGUUUGGUAUAAUUGACACUUGAACUAGAUUUUAGCAGUUUUGUAAAGAAAAGAUAUAAAUCAAAAAAAUGAGAUGCUGCUUUUUCUACUAAAGAGUCACAUGAUUUUUGUAUUUUUGUAUCGCAACUUUAAUGUCCAGUGAUGUUUUCUAUUACUAAUGCUUGUAUGUAAUGUUAAACAUGGACAUGUGACUCUGUAGAUAUCUAGUAGAUACCUCAGUUUUUUUUUCAAUUUUAAAAUCUUAUUUUUUUUCUCUAAAAUAAGUAUAUUUCGGUUCUGCAAAGACUGACAGAUAAUUUAUCUUUUAGUUUAGUUGGGAGAUAACCUAUAUAAAUAUAUAUAAAUAUAUAUAUAUAUAUAUAUAAAACAGUAUGCACACUGUAAAAUUAAAAAUGUAUGAGGUCUGAGGUAUAUUGUUUGACAAUGAGAAUUUGCCAAAUAAACGCUUGAUUUCUGUGA